AUGACCGCUACGGGUCAGGUGGAGGAAACAAAUACAACGUUCGAUAUACAAAACAACGCGCAACAUUCCGAUCCCGAUCCGUUGUGUUUAGGAAUUUUCGAAAUUACUCCCGCACAACGAAAAGAACUAGAUCAAUUUUUAAAUACCGAAUUGCCUCCACCCCCUCUUCGACCUUCGUGCACCACACUAACGGAACAUCGGAUUGACGUAGGGAAUAGCAGGGCGAUUAAACAACGAAACUAUCUCGUCUCGCCGGUUGUACAACAAGCCAUUUAUACCGAAGUAGAUAAAAUGUUAGAAGACGGAAUUAUCGAACCAUCGCAUAGCGAAUGAUCUAGUCCUAUUGUAAUGGUCAAGAAAUCGACGGGAAAAUAUCGGUUUUGUUUAGAUUUUCGGAAAGUAAAUGAAGUUUCUAAAAAAUAUGCGUAUCCCUUACUGAAUAUGACAGGAAUAUUAGAUAAAUUACGAGCCGCGCAUUACUUGUCCACUCUAGAUUUGAGUCAAGCAUAUUUCCAGAUUCCGUUAGAAAAGAGCAGUAGGGAAAUCACUGCUUUUACAGUACCGGGAAAAGGACUUUUCCAUUUCGUUCGUAUGCUGUACGGUUUAACGGGAGCCCCCGCCACCUUCCAACGCUUAUUAGACAAAUUGAUCGGUCCUGAAAUGCAACCACACGCGUUCGCUUAUUUAGACGACAUUAUUAUUGUAACGGAGACAUUUGAAGAACAUUUGCAUUGGUUAAGAAUAGUUUUCAGAAAAAUUACUACCGCGGGCUUGACAAUUAAUCCCGAAAAAUGCGAAUUUUGCCGUUCCGAAGUCCGUUACCUAGGUUUUAUUGUCGGUAAGGAAGGCCUCCGAAUAGAUCCCGAGAAAGUAGCGCCGGUGUUGGAGUAUCCCGUUCCGAAAAACAUUAAACAAUUACGAAGAUUUCUGGGAAUGGGCUCAUGGUAUCGUCGUUUUAUUCCGCAUUUCGCAACAAUAACGGAGCCCCUAACGCGACUAUUACAUCUUGACGAAUGGAAGCUAGUAGAUCUUGACGAGUGGAAACUAGUAAUACCGCAAGAUCAAAGACCCGAAAUUUAUCGCGAGGCACAUGAUCAGCCUCAGGCCGGACAUUUAGGGGUGGAAAAAACCUAUGAUCGCGUAGCCAUACGAUAUUAUUGGCCCGGAAUGUAUAAGGAUAUCGCGGAGUAUGUGCGACGCUGUACCGUUUGCCAACGUACCAAGGUCGAACAGCUGGCUCCGGCAGGUUUGAUGGGAUAUCGUAUCGCGGAGAAACCGUGGUGGGACAUUAUCGCCGCGGAUAUUAUGGGUCCGUUUCCGCGAAGUCUUUCCGGCUUCAUAAAUUAUUUCAUUAUAAAUAUAAAGAUGCCUCCAGUCAAAGGUUGUUUUCGAAAUUAUACCGAAGAGGCGAUGAAGAGAGCUAUUGAAGAUGUCCGCUUGCAUAAAACACCAAUAAGGGCGGCGGCACGUAAAUUUGGCGUUCCACGAAUCACUUUGAAAUACAAAGUGGAAGGGAAAUCACCGAUGGAGAGAAAAAUGGGACCUCCUCCAGUUUUAAAUCAAACGGAAGAAAAUGAGAUCCGUCAAUGGAUAGAAAAAAUGGCCUUGGCUGGUUUCCCAAUGCCUCCAGUCAAAGGUUGUUUUCGAAAUUAUACCGAAGAGGCGAUGAAGAGAGCUAUUGAAGAUGUCCGCUUGCAUAAAACACCAAUAAGGGCGGCGGCACGUAAAUUUGGCGUUCCACGAAUCACUUUGAAAUACAAAGUGGAAGGGAAAUCACCGAUGGAGAGAAAAAUGGGACCUCCUCCAGUUUUAAAUCAAACGGAAGAAAAUGAGAUCCGUCAAUGGAUAGAAAAAAUGGCCUUGGCUGACGUAAAACGUGAAAAUCCAUUUAAAAUUGAUCGUCCUGGUAAUAGCUGGAUAAAGGGUUUUUUUAGUAGACAUCCUACAGUAUCAAAAAGAGUGGCACAAAACCUAACAAUUUCACAAGCGGCAGUCACCAGUGACAAGAUAUUCAAUUGGUUUUCUGAAGUAUAUGGCUACUUGAAGAAGAACGAUGUUGAUACAAUCUUGGAUGACCCAUCGCGGAUUUUCAAUUGCGACGAAACGGCAUUCUUUUUAAAUCCUAAGGGCAACAAAGUCUUGACGAAAAAAGGAUGUAAAACUGUUUACCAACAAAUUAAUCCAGAUGAGAAGGAGUGUCUGACAGCAUUAUUAACGGGCAGCGCUAGUGGUGUAGUUGCACCUACAGUAGUUUUAUACAAAUACAAACGUAUACCCCAAGAAAUUGCUAUCAAUUUUCCCCAAAAGUGGGGUUUGGGUAAAACUGACUCAGGGUGGAUGACAUGCGAAGCAUUCUUUGAGUUUGUUGCAGAUAUAUUUUACCCAUGGUUAGUAGCAUCAAAAAUUACGCUUCCUGUCAUUCUUUUCAUGGAUGGACACGCCUCGCAUUUAAGUUUACAAACGAGCCAGUUUUACGAUAAAAACGUAAACAUACCGGUACAGGAACAACAAAUUCAAACCGAAACUGUGGAAAAACAUUUGUCGCGAGAGGAAUAUUUGAAGCAAGGCUUGCGAUUUUUAAAUGAAAAUAUCGAAACGGAGAAAAUAAACGCAUUUCGAUGUUCAUCAGAAGAGUGGACCGGGAAUCCGCAAGACACGUCUCUAUUUCUCCUAUGGAAAGGACUCCAAAAUGAAUUUGAAGAAUAUUCCACUCCAGGCGAGGAAUUUGUACAUCACAAUGUAAAUCCAAGGGCGUUACCUUUCGACAAUAAUACUCAAGUUAGAGAUCUUGUCAACAUGGACAAUAAUGAACCCGUCUCCGUUUUUGAUAUAACCAUCCCAGAUGAAGAAUCUGUAUACGAUAACAUUAUUCCAGCAGUACCGAUUCAGGAGAGUCAUAACAAUAUAAAUCAACAACCUACCGACGAUAAUACGAAUACAUCGCUGUUGAUCGACAAUGCGAAUAGAACUGUUGGUCAAAGUUCAAAUAAUGACACUUCUCAAGCUGUACUACUCGAAGACAGCAUAACAACCGAAGAUCCUGUGCUACUUGAAAAUUUGACCACAUUGCAUGUUUCGCCUAUUGCUAGCACAUCAAAUAAUAUUCCAAGCCCAUUCAAAAGGCAUUUUUAUUGUCCACGUGUGGAAUAUAAAAAAACACACAAAAAGAGAAUACCAAAAGAAAAGAUGCGUUUCAUUGCCUCAGGAGAACUGUGUCAGCAAUAUUUCCUGAAUAAAAUAAAGAAAAAAGAAGAGAUGAAACGUUUAAAAGAAGAGCGCGUAGCAGAAAGGAAAAGGAAAAGGGAGGAAAAAGAGAAAGCUAAAAAUAAUACGACACGUCAACUAAAAUUAAAAAGAGCAAAAAAUGUUUUAAAAUAUUCAUCUGAAAGUUCGAAUUCUAGUUAA